AGUCAAAGUAAGGUUGUAAAUUUUUAAAUGUACAAAAGUUUUAAUAAUUAUACUUCAUAUUUUCAACUGUUCAUCUAUUUUGAAACCAAUAAUAUGAAUUUUAAAAUUAUUGCAAUAUUUAAUUUAACUUGCUUGUUUAAAGGAUCAAUGAGUAUGGGAAUUAAUGAUAAGCAAAACAAUUUAUGUAAAAGUCAGUUUAAUAAAAAAGUCAAUCAACAAAACAUUGAUGAGUUUACAAAAUCUUUAAACAUUAAAGAUACGUUUUAUUUAAAUACUAAUGACUCUAUCGGCACACAAAUGCAAGAUUUACUAAUUUUCCUAUCACAACAAAAUAAAUUGUACGAUGACGACAAAACGGUAACAUUAUCACAAGAAGAAGUUAUUUUUUUUAUUAACACACUAAACUACUAUAGUGAAAAAAAAAAUGGAAUUUUUCAACGAAAAGAUCUCAACAAUUUUAUACAAGGUUUUACAAAUGAUGAUAGUGUAAAAUAUUUAAGAUUAAAAAAAUUUAUUGGAUGUCUUUUAUAUGUCGAACUGAUAUCAAAAAAGUUUCUUCCUCUGAACACUGCACAAGUCUUUUCCCAAAUAUUUACCAUUUUGAUCGCCUACUCAUAAAAAGAAUUUCUCAAUUAUACAAAAAUAAUGUAAAAUUAUUCAGAAAUACUAAUAAAUUAUUUUUUUAUUUUUAAAUAAAAAUAAUUUUGGUCUAAUAAUUAAGUACAUAUUUUUUUCAAGUUAUUUUAUCAAAAUACUAAUAUACUAAGCUACUAUGAUAUGUUAUAGCAGUAAUCACUUUUAUAAAAGACAUUAAAGUGUAUUUUUACGAAAAAAAUAAAAGGCUAAACUGAAUAAAACUUAAAAUCUUUAGUUUUGAAAAAAAUUUAAGCUAUACAGCAGGUUUUACAUUUAUUACUAUGUGAAAUGAACAUUUUUAAAUAUAUUUUUUUUAAUUCAAAAGUUAUUAAUGAAAUAACAUUAUACUGGACUUUGAUAAGUAAUGAAUUUUAUUAAUGGGUAUCGUAAAAUAGAAAAUAAUGAACGAGAGAGUUGUGAAUAGUAAUUAUUUGCUAUUCCUUUUUCCAUUAUUUCGGAAGUUAUACCAUUUUAAAAUAUGGACUGGAGGUGAUGAAUAAGUAUAAAAAUAUGUAUGUUGCUAUUCAAAAAAUAAAAUUGACACCAUAUAAAGUAUAAGGAAUUCAUUAAAAAAAACGAUUAUUUAACCAAUAAAUCUUAAAAAUAAGAAAUUAAAAAUUGCAAAAAAUAUUUUCUUGACAUAAUUAUUAUUUUAAGAGAAAUUGAUUUUACUAACGUAAAAGAAUCACCUUGUAUAAUUUUUAGUAAUAUUUUAUUUGUUUUGUUUUGAAUUUACGAGAAAAGCUGUAUUGUCAUUUUCAAGUGUUGGAUUACACAUGGAAAACAAUAUCAUUAUUGUAGUAAUACAAUUAAUUAAACCCUCCGUUCAAUUAAUAAAAUAUUUGGAAUUAUUAUUAAAUAUCCUUAAUUAAAAAAAUGAGAUCUAUGUUUAUAUACUAUACGGAACUUGUUAUAUUUUUAUAAGAAACACAAUUAUUUUUAUUGGAAUAUAUUGUAAGUAUUAAUUUAAUUAGUAUAUUUGUAUUAACUGUAUUUUUAUUCUUUAAAAAUCAGGAACUCCAAUAAAAUAAAGUAUAUUUUAUAAUUUAUUA